GGGCUAUGAAUUAGAAGUGAAACAUGCCCGUCUAUAUGGUUCAGUACGGUAAAAAUGUUGAAGAGCACCGACGUGCGCUGCAAUAGCCAGCCUAGCUCAGUGAUUUUGAUAUGACAUGGACGAAGCCUGACGGAAGCACACACACUCAGAUAUGAAAAAGGCAAUAAUUUUUCUAUCGAUAAUCGUAUCGAACCUCGUGGCAGCGUUACCCAUACACCAUUGCAAUGUAUUCCAACAGUAGGUCUGGUCCCUAUUGUCUUCCAUGUCCACAACGACAGCUACAUGUUAUGUUAGCAUAAGAUGGCUAGCCCACACCAAACAUAUCAUUAGAUAGAUAGCCAGCUAGCUGGUUACUGGACUUCACUUGCCGAACAGUCUGUAUGUAGUCUUCUGGAAUGCAUUUCUCCAAGAAAUGUUCGGUGUUCAAGGUAGUGCUCAGCGCUCUACUGAUAGUGGCGCUCCUACAGAUAAUCUAUCUGAACUUUCUGUCAAGGCUGCACGGUAAGCAGCAACGGUACCGCUUCUCCGAACUUUUCGGGGGUUCUGGCAAGAGAAACGGAAACCCGGAGAAAAAUACUCGGAAGGAACACCUCAGAUACUCGCUGUCAACGGGGGGGAUCUUCGACAGCAGCGGACAAUACCGCGUGUACAAGAACUUGAUCAAGAGCGACUUUUCAACUAAUCAUAAGCCAGGAGCAGACCCCAGCGCAAAUAUCUUGGCCCUGGCCACGCACACGACCAUCAACAACCUACAUCACCUGGACUCUCUCAUGGAACGCUGGCAAAACCCUCUGUCGGUGGCCAUAUUUGCACACGGACAAGAUGCCAAGUUUGCCACAGCCCUGGUUUACGCGCUCAGCACCUUCUGCCCCCAGAUCCAAUCCUUGGUGGACUUCCACUUGGUGUGCCACUCGGGGGAGAUGGCCAGCUUCCCUGACCAGGACCGGGAACACUUUUUGGGGCUGGAGGACUGCGAUGCGGUCUUUGCCCGCCUAGAGACCCACAGGGAUCAAUUCAAGAACUACGCCAUUGGGAGCAACGUCUCCUACCCCAACAACCUCCUUCGGAACGUGGCCCGGGGCGGCACGGACGCAUCCUACAUCCUGGUCAUCGACAUCGACAUGGUGCCCAGCGCCGACCUGCACCCACAGUUCCUCGCCAUGGUGACGAGGCGCGAGCCCCUGUCAGACGAGGUCUUCGUGAUGCCCGCCUUCGAGAUCCGACACACCAGGAAGAUGCCCGCCACCAAGUCGGAACUGGUCCAGCUUUACCAGGUGGGCGAGGUGCGACCUUUCUACGAGGAGCUGUGCCCACGAUGCCAGGCCCCCACCAACUAUUCCCAGUGGGUGAAUCGCCACGCCCGAGGGGCGGGGCCCCUGGAGGUGGCCUACACCCUCAGCUGGACGGACCCCUGGGAGCCCUUCUACAUCGGGCCCCGCAGCGUGCCUCUGUACGACGAGAGCUUCAGGCAGUACGGCUUCAACCGUAUCAGCCAGGCCUGUGAGCUCCACGUGGCGGGCUACAGGUUCUCCGUUCUGACUUCCGCUUUCGUGGUGCACCAGGGCUUCAAGGUCCAGGGAGAGUUCCACGCCAAGAAGGACGAGGAGAACCGACGGAACCGCUUGCUGUUCCGCAGCUUCAAGGAGGGUCUGAAGAGCAAGUAUCCGUCGUCCCCUCGACGGUGCUGAGGGGUUGACCCCACCCCACUCCUCUUAACCCCGCCCCCCUUCAUUUUAACCCCGCCCCCCUUCCUCUUAACCCCGCCCCCCUUCCUCUUAACCCAGCCCCCUUCCUCCGUAGAUCUGGUCUGGCACCACUACAACCAUACAAGACCGCAGAACAUGAACCGUUUAUACAGUGCUUUCUCGCUCACACACACACACACACACACACAAUGUGCCAAUCAAUCCAAGUAGAUCAACCACUAGAUGGCAACAAAAACAAUAAUAAUAACAAAACAAUGUCUUCUUUCAGUGUGUUGAACCAAGUGUGAACAACAGCCUGUUCUCUAAAAGUCCCAACACAUUUCUGUCAGAUUACUGAUGCACACUGAUUCUACAGUGUUGUUCUAAGAUGGGCACCGCCCCCCUCCCCCUGCCAGAGUGUAUCCAGGCAUAAGAUGUCUUAUGACACUACACUGGAAGCUAAUACAAGAAAUACAGUAAAUCAGAAAAAUAUUUAUUAGUAUUAUACCACACAUGACACUGAAAAACAGUUAAGUUAUAUGCAAUAGUAUAAGGCUAAGCUAUCAAAUCUAUGACAACUUUUUUUUACUACUGAUGAAUUUACAAAGGAAUGCUUUUAUUUAUAAAUGUUUACGUUAUGUUUUACUUGUGUGUCAAGUGUUGCAGGUGCCAUUCGAAACGUCUUUCUCAUGUGUUGGAUUAAUGCAGUGUACUGCUGAUGGACUUUGUAGACCCACAGAAGUGACUGUAGCAGAAUAAUAUAAACUAUGGGAAAACACAAAAGUUGUUCAACAAAUAAUACAUAUUGUACAUUUUUAUUUUGGUGUGAUUUUUACAUGCAUCAUCAGCACACUGUUAUUAGAGUGUAAUAUUUUGUUGUAAAAAAAAAUACCAUAAUUUCCCAUUUUGAGAAUGCAGUUAUUUAAGAAUUAUAUUAAUAAAACAGAUGUUUGAAUGAU